AUGCGUAGCGCCAGAGUCGUGCAGGGCGCUUUGUUGCUGCUCGCGGCGGUAACGAGUGCGAAUUCGACAAAAUGCAGCCGGUUUAUAGACGGUGUCACCACUCCACGCUCCAACGCCGAAGGCAGAUAUAACUUUUUCAUGACGCUGUAUAACAGGAGCGAACUCGUUUACGCCUACAUGCCCAAUACACGGUACAGCGUAACCCUGCAGAUCGACGGUACCGAUAUGCUGCAUCGGAAGUUCACGAGAUUCCUCAUAUCCGCCGAGGCCGAAAAUGCGAAUGACACCGCGGACGUCGGAGUCUUCGAUCUUCAGGACGACAUGAUGACCAAAUUCGCGGAUAAUUGCGCGAACGCCGUCGUGGAGACGUCCAAGGUGCUGAAGGAGCAGAUAACCGUUACCUGGACCAGUCCUUCCGAAGGUAGCGGUUGUAUACUUCUCAGAGCGACGGUGGUGGAGACACCGGACACGUGGUACAUGGACGACUUCGACUUAAUUCUCAACAUGUGCCAAGACUCCAAGGCGGAAGCGGACGAUCAGGGCCCGGUGUUGCCGGACUGCUGCGCCUGCCAAGAGGCGAAGUACGAAGUCACCUUCGAAGGGCUAUGGUCGCGGAACACUCAUCCCAAAGACUUCCCCAGUAAGAGCUGGCUGAUUCGAUUUUCGGACGUGAUCGGCGCGUCGCACACGCGCAAUUACAGUUUCUGGCAUUACAACGGCAUGGCCAGCGUCGGGCUGCGACAGGUGGCCGAGCACGGCUCCACGAGAAAACUAGAAGGCGAACUGAAGAAUCAGAGCGAGCACAUCAGGACUAUCAUAAAGGCGAGGGGGAUCAGUUAUCCGAACGUCACCGGCAGAACUUUCGCGGUGUUCCGCGUAGACCAGAAGCACCAUUUGAUGUCUCUGGUAUCCAUGAUCGAUCCAUCGCCGGAUUGGAUAGUCGGCGUUUCCAACCUCGAGCUCUGUCUGUCUAAUUGCUCGUGGAUCGAACACAAGGAGCUUAAUUUGUACCCUUACGACGCUGGUACCGACAGCGGCAUCUCUUACUUGUCGCCCGACUCGCCGACAGUGCCGCAGGAAGCGAUCCGACGUAUUACGUCGACUUAUCCAAACAACUCCGAAUCACCGUUUUACGAUCCAACGGGGCUGGACAUGAAACCCCUCGCGAAGCUCUAUCUGAACCGGCAAAGGUUGUACGAGAAGCAUUGCGAAGACUCCAACGAAACGUCGGGCGAUACAGGUGCAUCAAAAAAGAGAAAUAAGGCGUGCAGAGUGACACAAUGGGGUGAAUGGAGCCCGUGUACGGUUACCUGCGGCAAAGGCGCUCUCCUGAGACAACGUCAAUAUCGCAACGAAGCGUUAGCGAUCGCGAAUAAGUGUGAGACACGGCUGACGGACCGAAGUACUUGCUAUAACACGAACCUACUUAACUGCGCCAUUUCCGACCACCACGAUAGCGUAUUGAACGACGAGAAGUGCGAACUGUCCGAAUGGAGCUCGUGGACCACGUGCUCGUCGACCUGCGGCCAGGGCAGCAAGACGCGGUCCAGGAUUUUCAUACAGAAGCAACACCGGAAGAAAUGCAUGACGGCGUCGGGCCGAACGAGGCUGGAGCAGACGAUGGAGUGCGAGAACGAACCGUGUGAGGACGAGGACUCGGAGGAGGUAAGAGAAGAUAUGAAUCACUCGGAGGACUAUGUCAAGGACUAUGGCGAGAGGGCGGACGGGAACGGAGAGGUAAUGGAGGAUUGGCUGCAGAAAUGUGUCAACGAUCACUACACAGAGUGGUCCAUGUGGUCGCCGUGUAGCUCCAGCUGCGGGCCCGGUAUUAAGCUGAGGUCCAGGCUGGUGAAGAAAAACUGGGACUCCAUGGGGAAGGACGACAGCCCUGAGGAAUGUAAGAUGCAGCAGGUGUCGUGCAUAGCCGCAAUUCCGAACUGCGAGCUUAUAAAGAACGAGGCGGAGAAGAUCUGCAGUGAACCUAUGGAAAAGGGCAAUUGCAAUUCUAACAUAUUGCGAUCCUACUUCGAAAAAAAAGAAGGCCGCUGCCGUUUCUUCGUCUAUACCGGAUGCGGCGGCAAUCGGAAUAACUUCCCGACCGAGCAGGACUGCAAUAGCGUCUGCGGUGAUUAUCAAAAGAAGGCAGACUUCAGGAACAUUCAAGCCAGCAGCCUGAUAAUGGAACCGAGCGAGAACGUUAAAGUGGAUUGUCAGGUUACCGAGUGGAGUAGAUGGACCAGCUGCGACGGUUGUUACGGGUACACCAGCAGCACUAGGGAGAUCAUAGUCCCGGCGAAAGGCGGAGGUAAGAGCUGUCCGAAGAAGACGCAACGAAGGAAGAAGUGCAGUAAGAUUUCAUCGUGCACUAGCGAGCAGGGCGACGGGAAAAGUCGACGAUCUUCCGAAGACAAUUCGAAAUACGAAGGCAAACAUGGAACGAAACACAAUACCAAUAAACACCUUUCAGUAAACUGCAAGGUGACACACUGGUCGUCGUGGUCGGGAUGCAGCGCGACCUGCGGCGACGCGAUGAAGAACCGUGUCCGCAGCGUGAAGGUGCAACCGCAUGGACUCUGGCCCCGACUUUGCCCACCUCUGGUGGAAUUCAGGAAGUGUCCCGUGCUGGAAUGUCCGAAGUAACGAAGUGCGCGGUGACUUCGUUACCGGCGCGACGUUCGCUUGUUGACGAAUUGCCGGCGACAAGAUCGUCGCGACAAAAACUUGCGAUCUGUGCACGGCGCGUCCGCUCGAACAUUGGAAUUUCUAUGACGACUCUCGUUAGACUGAUUAGCGACCCUCUCUUGAUUCUCUUUCUCUCUUUCUAUGUCUUCCUUGAAUCUAAUCCCGCGAUGUAUGGAAGGCGCGAUGGUAUUCGUUGCGAAGCUAUCGUGAAACAAAGAUAACACUGGACGACGACGAUUUGAUGAAACCUGUGAAGAUACUUAACGUUUCAGUACUUAAAAUUCCAUGUAGGAUCUUAUGAUCGACUUUGUGUCGUCGGGCCAUUAUCAGGUGCAAAAUUUUCGAUAUAUUAUUUGAUAAUAAUAAUAAUAAUAAUAAAUUUACUGGUAGACACAAAGUUGAGAUACUAUAAUAGUUUUUGAGAGAUAGAAAGGAUGCGACAAAGCGAAUAGAGAGACGUGUGAACGCUGCCCGACACUUGAUGUUUACGUGCUGGUCAAAUCACCAAGGUAAAUCGAUAUGGAAUCCUAAAAUACGAAGGAAUACAGGUUGUGCUUCUAGAGUAACGGAAUUGAGAGAAAUAACCGUAGAAUGGACGCGGGAUAAAUUAUUGGGAGCCAGCAAGAAGGAAGCAGGAUUUAAUUGUAAUACAUUGGAUGUUGACUAUUCGUGGAUCAAUUGAAGGUCAGAAUUGUUGGAGAAACAGAUGAAGGACGUUGUAAACCGUUACGAUUGUUUAAGGCAAUUAUUUGCUGAUAAUGGCCUACGACUGGAUGACAGACUUUUGGCUAACGAUUGACAGUCAUAGAUCGGCCAAGUGUUGGCUCUGAUGUAACGUCCGGCUAUCUUAUAUAAGACGCGUUAUGACCCUAAUUAUUUCGGGUACAACGCCAAAGUAGAGUUUAUUAUCGUCGUAUAAUUUGUUUUCUCCCAAGAGAUCACAGCGAAGAGAGAGCGAGGGUUUUUUCAGAAUUAGUCCUAUCUAUCGCGUAAUUAUAGCCAUCCUACAUGUCCUCCAGUGUGAUUUAUUACGCACAGGAAAGUCGUGCCAUGAAUAAUAAUAACGCUGUCGCGUUAUUUAUCGAUUCGUCGUGUCGAUACCCGUUGAUACAGAUUUAACACGACGACGUAUACAAUAUACAAUUGCUUCACAUAACUCACAGUUAAAAAACAACACACGACGUUAUUCACGCGACAUGGUGUUAAUUUAAGACAAAAUCGAUUUCCAUUGCAUUCCAACGCGCCGGUCGUGCGUAGAAAACGAGAAGACCAACCACUUGCCAUCAAUAUCACUCGCAAUAACGACACUCGUCUAGUUUUUUUUCCUUUCUUUUUCACGAAAGAUGAAGGCAAAUUAUCGCGUCUCGCGCGUUCUCGAUGUCAUUUGAUCGCAUCUGAUGAUGUCGAUUCAAACCGUCAAGGGGAAAAAGAAAAAAAAGAUAAAAAGCGAAAUAAUUCGCGACGUGGUAACGUUACGUUAAGUGAGAAAUGAAGCCGCUCCUUUCCAGCGCGGGGUGAGACGCGAGCAGGACCACUCGCAUAACGAUAACGUUUGCUUGCAUGUGCGCGUAUCAUAUUCGUAGCAUUUAUCAUACAUUACAGAUCUCAACGUAAGACCAAAGUUUGUAAUAGCUUCAGUUUGGAAACUGAGAAACCACACACGUUACUUUAAAAAGCCACGACUGUAAAACGCGACGUAGACAUAUCAAUAGAUAGUAAGCCGUUCGUUUAGCACAUAACGAGAAGUUUCCUUGACACACAAUUUUCUUCACUCUUCAUUGACAAUAAACGAAAUCGUGUAGAUGUAUGGUACAAAGAAAGAAACGAUUUAAACGUCAUUCUUUUGUAAAGGCAUUAUAAUAUAUUAUAAUAUAUUAUUCAUAAUAAAGAUAAUCGCUAUAAUUAAGUA